AUGGCCCGGCGCUGGGCGCUCACCCUCGCCUGCGUCAGCCUCUACCUGCGGCUCCCGGGGACACUGUCCCGCGGCCCGGGCGGGAGCGGGCAGCCGGCCAGACCCGGGGAGCCCCCCGCGCGGACCCCUCCCGGCGGCCUGCAGCCCCAGCUCCCCGCGCCCCGGCCCGCGCUCUGGAAGCUUCAGCAGCCCCUGCGACCACAGCGCAGGGCGGCCCCGGCCCCCGCGACCCGCCGCCGGCCCCGGGCCGGCCCCCGCCCCCCGCCCCGCCGCCCCGCAGGGCCCCGCCCCCGCCACGCCCGGCUCCUGCGGGUGGGCUGCGGGCUGGGCACCUGCCGGGUGCAGCACCUCGGCCACCGCCUGUGGCAGCUGGUCGGCCCCGCUGGCUCGCGGGACUCUGCCCCCGUGGACCCCAGCAGUCCCCACAGCUACGGCUGA